AUGUUCUCCAAGCAGACCUUGUCUGCCCUCGUGGGCGCCGUGGCUCUGGCCUCCGCCAGGACGAUUCCUGCUUCCGACAAGCUUCCCAGCGCGGAGGAGAUCGCCAAGGCCCAGGCGACUGUUGUGCCUUACUCUCCGGUCUCGAACGUCAAGGGUCUGGCUUUCGAUCGCUUUGCGCAGAUUUGGAUCGAGAACACCGACUACCAAACCACUGCCAACAACAUCGACUUCGCGACUCUGGCGAAGGAGGGCAUCUUGCUGACCAACUACUUCGCGACUACCCACCCCUCACAGCCAAACUACCUGGCCUCCGCUGCGGGCGACAACUUCGGUCUCGACAAUGACGACUUCCAGCAGCAGCCCGCCAACAUCUCCAGUAUUGCCGACCUGUUCGACACCAAGCACAUCGCUUGGGGUCAGUACCAGGAGGACCUGCCCUACGCCGGCUAUCAGGGCUACCUGUACCCCGAGACCGGGCCCCACGAGUACGUCCGCAAGCACGACCCCUUGAUCUUGCUCAACUCCGUCACCGACGACGACACCCGUCCCCGCCAGAUCAAGAACUUCUCCACCUUCUAUGAAGACCUUGAGCACGAGCGUAUCCCCCAGUACAUGUUCAUCACCCCCAACAUGACCAACGAUGCGCACGACUCCGACAUCAACGUUGCCGGCUCGUGGCUCGCCGAUUUCCUACCCCCUCUGCUGAAGAACGAAUACUUCUCCAAGGAUACCCUCAUCCUGGUGACCUUCGACGAGACCGGUAACUACACGGAAGCCAACCGCGUCUACUCCUUCCUUGUCGGAGGCGCGGUCCCCCAGCACCUGAAGGGUACAUGGGAUGAUACUUUCUACACCCACUACUCCAUCAUCGCCUCGCUGUCCGCGAACUGGGGCCUCCCCCUCCUGGGCCGCUGGGACUGCGGCGCGAACCUGCUCAAGCUUGUUGCCGAGAAGACCGGCUUCGUGAACUGGCAGGUUGACUAUGACCAGCUGUACCUGAACGAGACUUACCCCGGCCCCCAGUCGGAGGGUGAGUACUCCGAGGAACUCGACCGCUGGCCUGUCCCCACGACCUCUGAGAAGUGUACUGCGGGCCACGGGAUUGUGGAUAUCGUUAAGAAGACUUAUGAGGGUCGUGAGCCUACCUACAAUUAUACCAGCCCUAUCCCGUACGACUCGGUGAGUGGGACCAACACUGGUAUCAAGUACUGGCGGACCCUGCAGAAUGGGAAGAAGGAGACUGGUAUUACUCUGUAG